AUGUCUUACUCACAGCCAAGGCCAAGAGAGUUGACGCCACAAGAGAAGGAGCGUAUCUUUUCAUUCAGAGAAAAGUACUAUUACUCUCCAAGAUACUCGGACGAUCACUACGAAUAUCGACACGUCGCACUGCCUAGGGAAUUGUUGAAGCUGAUUCCUAGUGAUUACUUCACAGAAAAUGGAACAUUCAAGAUUCUGACAGAAGACGAAUGGCGAGGACAGCUUGGGAUCACUCAAAGUCUGGGCUGGGCCCACUACGAUUGCCAUGCGCCAGAACCUCAUAUCUUACUUUUCAGAAGAGCCAAAAACUAG